AUGGUCAAAGAAAAGAACAAACUCAACAAGGAUCAGCUAGAAAAUAAACACGAAUUGAAAUCUGUUUCGACUGAUAAUACCUUAAUUGUUAUAUUUCUUGAUCCAAGAUUUAAACAUUUCAAUUGGACAACUAAUGGUGAACAAGAUAAAGCAUAUCAAUUA